AUGGCACCUACCCCUUUGGAUAAAAUGUCGACUAAAUCCCAGCCAGCGCCCCCAUAUCCGCACAGUCAGGGGCCAACUCACGACGAGGAUCCCGGCAUCGGACCAAGCAGACAAGCACCCUCGCCAGACCCAGAGGCAUACGCAGGCUGCGCAUAUUGUGCCCAGAUAAGCCCUGAACACGUACAUCACGGCCCAGUGCAAACUGUACACUGGGCACAGGAACCCUCCAUCCCCAUGACCAGUCUCGGUGGCGACGAAAAAACUGCCCCGGAAAAUAGAGAGCGUCCAUAUCCUGUCCUGACAGCCUGGGGCUUCGAGAUACUCGUGAUGGUCAUGGCCAUCGUCUCGCUGGCAGGGCUCUUUGUCAUCCUCAACGCCGUCAACGGCAAGAUAAUAGCAGCCUGGCCGUGGGAGAGUCUGCGACUAGAGACAGUGAUGUCGUUCAUGGUCACUGUGACGGUUGUCUCUGUGGCCUACGUUAUAGUCCAGGUACUUGGCCAGGCAGGAUGGUCAUGGUUUGGCCACACUCUACACAGGCGGCCGCUGUAUGACCUUGACGUCUUCAACCGCGGCGGCGACGGCAUUCUCGCCUCUCUGCAGCUGCUCUUGUCCGUUUUCAGAAGCGGACUCUCCGGUGUCCGCACAGCAGCGGGCAUCAUGGCCAUCUGCGCCGCCCUCAUCACCAUACUCUCCUUCGCGGGCGGGCCUUUUGCCCAGCAGGCCCUGCGGACGGUCAAAUGCUCUUGGAGGAGCGGUCCAGGCCUCGGCUCCAUCCCCGUGUCCAACUUUGUACCGGCCAACGACGACUACUUUGUCGAGUACGCCAACGACUACCUGGUAUUCGACCUGGGCCCCGAGAUGAAGGCCGUCAUGCUCAACGCCCUGGCGAACCCAAGGGCCGCCGUCGAGUCCGCAGUCGCCGCGGACUGCCCCUCGGGCCACUGCAACUUCCGAGACUACGGCACGGGGAUCACGCACUCCACCAUCGGCCUGUGCAGCACCUGCAUCGACCUGGGAGCCCACGUCACCGACACCGAGGUCGCGGGCCCGAAGCUGGGCUUGUACCUCCGCAACUACUCGCUGCCGUGGGACGGCAGCGUCGACGCGCCCAAGAUCGACAGGAUGGAGAACUGGGGCAGUUACAUCGUGCCCCAGAGCACUGAGAAGAACCCGUGGAUGUCGGUGACCAUGCGGGGAUCCUUUGACUACGCCAAGCGCGGCUGGACGGCCGAGUUCUGGGACUCGGGGCCCGACGCGCUCUUCAACAUCACCAUCAUGGCCGCGUCGGAUGCGCCGUGCACGGUCGUCAACGACGGGGUCAAGUUUUGUCCCUGGCAGAUCAGGAACGACAUGGUACCGGAAAACAACUUUACAAGCCUCGUGGCCGUGGGGUGCAGGCUCUACCCUUGUCUAAAGAACUUUCGCGCCGAGGUCAGGUCGGGCGUGCUCACGGAGGAGCUGGUCUCGACCGUGCCGGCCCGCACAAACAGUCUAGAAAAACUCAACAGAGGCGGUCUUCAACUAAACCUAACGGCCCUGCAGGACCCCUGCUUCCUCGCAGGCGGGGACGACAACGGCAAAAAAGUGUUUACAUCUGAUGAACUCGGCCAAGUGCCCCCGGCCCAGAACAGAACAUUCUCCCGCAUCACAACGGCCCAGUCCACGGUCGUCCAAGCCCCGUCAGAUUGCCUAUACCACGCAUCCGGCGUCUACCUCCAAGCGAUGAAAGACCACCUGAUCGACCUCAUGGCGGGUCGGUGCCGCUACUCAGGCCUGGGCACCUUUCAAAGGCCCGCCAAGGUGACGUGCGGCGACAAGUGGUGGCUGGACCCGCUGUACGCGUCGCGCAACGCCUCGGUGGCCAGCAUCUCGGCCGCGAUGGAGGGCCUGGCAGUUGCCGUGACGAACCAGUUCCGGCGGACGGGCAGCGGGCCGCACAGACCGCGCGCCGAGGGCGACGCGACGGGCUUAACGGUGCGCGGCGACGCGUGGGACGACACCAUGUGCUUCUCGCUGCGGUGGGAGUGGCUGCUGCUCCCCGCCGGCUUGGUCGCGUCUACGCUGGUGCUGCUCUCCGCUGCGGUCUUGAGAUCGUACAUGGAGCCCGAGCAGCCGGUCUGGAAGGCCAGCGUGCUCCCCAUGGUGCUGUAUGGGCUGGCACGGCGAGGCGGUGGCAGUGAUGAGGGCUAUGCCCGGCGCGACUUGAUGGAACUGAGAAAGGUGGAGCAGGUUAGCAAGAACUUGAAAGUCAGGUUUGAUAAGCUGGCCGGGAGUGGGUUUGCUUCUUAG